CAAAAUGCGGCGCAGUGUGUUGCUCUUCAUCGUGGGGGUGGUGCUCCCUAUGGUGUCUUCCUUCAUCACAUACACCUUGGUCACGCUCGAAGCUAAUGCCAUGCCUCUGGAUGAAACUGGAGGACUGAUCAUCUUGCUCGCAUUCCUUAAGCUGCUGUUAAUCAGCACGACAGGCGUAUUCCCUAUCGAUAUGAACAGCUUCUUCAGUGACCUCAUGGAACGCCAGAGAAAGAAGAGGGAUGUCAUCAUGGAUGGCUCUACGUCCUCAAACCGUAACGCGACCCUAUAUCAGGUUCCAGAUGUAGACCUAAUGCCUUGUACAAGGCGCUUCCUUUGCGAAUUGGAAACCGUGGCCAAAACGAGCGACAAAUACCUUCCCAAGAGGGCCAAUGCUAUUGACGACGGAGAAGACAACUGGAAUCCAGAGGAAGACGUGGCUCCCGAGCAAGUGGACCCCUUGUCCGAGCUCCAGAUAGAAGCCGCGAGGGCUCUUUUCCGGGAUGAGGAUCCAACCGGCGAAUUAUCAGAGAGGAGCAAAAAAGGACUGGCUGUUAUUGAAGGGCUGACGGGAUCCGUGUGUGAGGAAGCCUACAGACUCUGUCCUGGGAGGUUCACAGCGCCAACUCUCUAUAGAACAUUCUUCGACGAGAUCAACCUCGAGAUAUCUGCUAACAUUUAA